AUGUUGUUUGCUCACCCCACCUCAAGAAGGAUUCAGAGCUACCCAUUGCCACUCAAGCUAUAUUCCCUACCACAGGCGGAGAUGACAGUCCUCUUGUUAGAAGUUAGCCCAUCAGCACUGUACUUACGAUACAGUAUUUUCCGGAUUUCGUUACUUAUGUGA